AUGGGGGUUAAGGCUAUCAAGAAUCUUACUAAACUUCCUGUUUGGUGUAUUGGACCUUUGCUUCCUCAAUGUAUGCUCAAGAAAAGUGAAAAAGAUUCAAUCUUUGAAUCAAGAAGUGGUAAAGAUUCAAUCUUUGAACCAAGAAGUGGUAAAGAUUCAAUCUUGGAACCAAAAAGUGGUAAAGAUUCAAUCUUUGACCCAAGAAGUGGUAAAGAUUCAAUCUUUGAAUCAAAAAAAGGUAAAGAUUCAAUCUUUGAAUCAAGACUUGGGAAAGAACAUGGAUUGUCAUCAGAAGAAUGUAUUUCUUGGUUGAAUGAACAUCCUGAAAGAUCUGUUCUUUACAUAUCUUUUGGUUCACAAAACACAAUUAGUACAUCACAAAUGAUGGCAUUGGCUAUGGGGUUGGAAGAAAGUGAAAGGCCAUUUAUUUGGGUGAUUAGGCCACCUAUUGGUUUUGACAUAAAGGGUGAGUUUAGAUCUGAAUGGUUACCAAAAGGGUUUCAAGAAAGAGUGUCAAAGAGUCAAAAAGGUCUACUAGUGAAAUCUUGGGCACCCCAAUUGCAAAUCUUGAGUCAUAGUUCAACUGGUGCAUUCUUGACUCAUUGUGGAUGGAAUUCAGUAUUGGAGAGUUUGAGUCAAGGAAUGCCUAUCAUUAGUUGGCCUUUGGCUGCUGAACAAACAUUUAAUUCAAAGAUGUUGAUGGAAGAAAUGGGGGUUUGUGUUGAGUUAACUAAAUGGUAUUCAAGUGAUGUUGAUAAAGAGGAUGUGAAGGAAGUGGUGGAAAUUGUUUUGGGAGAAAAUGGAAAAGGGAAAGAAAUGAAGGAAAAAGCUAUUGAACUUGGGAUGUGUAUUAGAGAUGCUGUUAAAGAAGAGGAGGAUUUUAAAGGAUCUUCUGUUAAAGCAUUGGAUGAUUUCAUAUCUACUCUCCUUUGUAGAAGAAAUAUGUCAUCUUAA